CCACGAGAUAAGCUUAAGAGCAUCCAAAUAGCCCCUCACCUGCCCCUAAUCCGCCUGUUUCUGCCCAGUCUAGCUUCACCAUCGAUUUCCCGUCCCAAUGGGUACUUUAACAGCCGGUUAUCCGCGGUUGGAUACGCACUGCCCGCACAAGCUCGCGACGUCGUGCCGCCUCACUUCGACGCCGAACUGCUGCGCAUGCGCCGAUGAACGCCCUCACUCGCGCACAUACUCGGUCUACGUCGACGGCGUGGGCUUCGUCCAGCGCGGAACACGCUGGCAGAGCUAUUGCCCGCCCUGCAAGGAGUUCUGGAACAACCGCCUCGCAGCGACCGACCCCCCGCUGGAAGCCUCGCAGACGCAGAUUCCACUCAUUCCCGACCAGACCGAGUUCCUCGAGCGCUGGUUUGAGUUCCACCAGGGCUACCGGAUUGUGAAGCACGCCGAUGGGACAGAGUCUCGCAUUGCAGUUCUAGGAGAGCCGUUCAGAGAGGUCAGCCCGGGAUUCCUGCCGCGGACGCUGAAUCAGUUGCGCGCGGGGAUUGAGAACGACGAGUUCCGACCACAGAACCGGUUCCGACGGAGGCGGUUAUCGUCCGAGGAAGAGAGGGCGGAAGAGCCACAGCAGAGCCUUGAGGAGGCUCUUGAUAGUUUGCUCGAGGACGCUUCAGACGAGGAAACAGCAGACACGGAGCAUCAAGAGUCGGACAUGCCCCGCGACGCAACUGGCCUCUCGCGGCCUCUCACCCGGACCGAAGUCCACCUGCACCGCGCAAUGGAUCGCAUCGCCCGCAUAUUCGGCACCCGAGAAGACGUCCAACGGGACGACUACGAGUCGCCUCUCUCGACAAUGUACGAUCGGGCCUGGGGACGCUAUGAACAAGCCGAAGAGCGACGAGCGUCUGGAGACACGACCGCUCCCUCUGUCGAAGGCCUCUCAGGCAGAGACCGACGCGAGAUAGAAGAGCAAGUACUCUGGGGCGUCAUGGACGAUUCUCGAGACGCUUUCAUACAAGAGCAGGAGAGCGGCAACGUUAGGAGCUAUACCCCUGCUUCCAUGAACCGAAGGAGCGAAGACUCCGCCACGGAGCCUACCACUCCUCGCACUUUCGAAUCUUUCGUCAAUCUGCCUACGAAUGCACCACCCUCGGCGUCGCUAACAACCACCUCUUCCGCCUCAACCUCUACCAACGAUCUCCGCACCUCCCUUGAGCAGAUCACGUCCGACCUCACCCGCCUACGCAUGGCCUCGGAAGCCGUCGCCAAUGCCCGGCAUGCCAUACACGCACGCCGCCACCCGGCACCACUCAUGACGCUCGACAACCAGCCUGACCGCCCGGCACCGAUGACCGACGAGCAAAUGACGAAGAAUCUGAGCUGCCAGGUGUGCUAUUGCCAGAUUGCGGAUAUCGCGGUGCUGCCGUGUGGACAUAUGGUCAUGUGCCAGUGGUGCGCGGACGUGGUGGUGCCGGUGAGGCAUAGUCAUUUGCCGGUAAGCCCGAGCAAGUGCCCGAUGUGCAGGAAGCCGGUCAAGCAGAGGUUUAAGAUACAUAUGGGCUCGUAGGGCGGAAUCUGGUAUGGAGAGCGAAUCUGCCAGGGAGAACUGGCCCUGAUGCGUCUAGAGAGGCGGGCGCGGUCCGCAUGGGCUGUGUCUCUCACAUAUUUCAGGCUCGAGGGCUGGUGACAGUGGAAAAGAGCUAGGGUACCGCAGGCCCGCCUAGGCUUGCGUGCUGAGCCAGCACUUUAUGGAGGGGAUGGCGCAAUAGCUUAGAGCAGUUACGCAGCGAUAUGUAUAUAUUGACGUUCUGCGGCAUAGAAACAAAGCUGAAUCCG